AUGAACUUUAAAGGCAACAGCAGAAGAGAUGAUGAGCAAGUUGCUCAUUUAGUUAAAGGUCUUUCGUUAGAUGAAGAUCAGUGGAUGAAGUUCGAUAAUCAAUCAAUGGGUAUGGAGCAUACCAGAUGUGAUUCUAAUGUAGAUAAUUGGGAACCCAACCGAUAUGAGGUUGACCACGUAAUUGCCCAUAAAGUGGUUAAUGGUCGAGAUUUUUACCUUGUCGUGUGGAAAGGAUAUUCCAAAGACACUUGGGAACCUGUAGAAAAUCUCGACGAUUGCCGUGAAAAGUUAUACGAUUUCCACAAGCUUUCUAACGAAAUAAAAUUAAAUGAUCAACUUCAAUCUGAUUAUGAGUUUGAUCCAGAAGAACGGAAAUUAUUUUUAGACGCACUCCAGGAUUCGAGUAGUGUAAAUUAUGAACUUUAUGAUAAAGUAAUACUAGGAAGAACAAAAGAUUUUAACUACUUGUCCGAGCCCACGAUUGAAAGCGUACCUAUUUCAGAAAUAGGUGAACGAGGGAAGCUUGAAAGCGAAUUAAACCAAAAAGAUGAAGAUUCCGAUUUAUAUGAUUUGCUUUAG